GUAAGAGACGCGCUGAACCAGAGGGUGCGGUUCCCGUCUGAUCUGAAGGCUGUUUUUCACUCCAAUAUUUCCAGUCUCUCCAGCUCCGAUCAUCCAGGCGGUGGUGGAACACACACACACACACACACACACGGGACUCACUGCUGUGGAUCAACACACCGACAUCGAACACAAUCUGAGUUCACAACUUUGGACCGGAACAACUGAGCUCCGACAUGGACCCGAGACUCACAGGUGUGGACAGACAGGAGGGAGCUCCUCCCUCUAAAUUACCCAGAGCUGAGGACCAUGGCAGCCAGACCAGAGCUGAGAGAUCAAAGCCACUCACAUCAGACGCUGCUGGACGAGGACACAGACCUGGACCUGCUCCCAGCUGUCAGUCUCUGAAGAGUGACGCGUCUAUGGGAAGACUUAUGGACUUCAGAGGAGGACAGGAGCAUCAGAGGAGGAGCAGGAUCCAUCAGGAGAAACCAGAAGAGUCUGAACUCAGCUGUCAGUCUCUGAGUGAUAGGUCGAUGGAGCCUCCUCUGAACUUCAAAGGUGGACAAGAGUCUUCAGGAGAGAGGGAGGAUCAGCAGCCCUCAGAUGUUCUCAGUCUCCAGUGUGUCCAGCAGCAUCAGACAGAUCUGGACUCCACACUGCAGCUGUUUGAGGAGACUGACAUCAACCUCCUGAGGAACAUGAAGGAGGAGAAUCUUGCUGAUGUUCUUUGGAGCAGAAGUGGUGCUGGAGCGUGUGCAGGGCGUCUGAAGAGGAGCCUGCAGAAGAAGUUCCACAGUGUGUCUGAGGGGGUCGCUAGAGCAGGAAACUCUGCCCCUCUGAAUCAGAUCUACACAGAGCUCUACAUCACUGAGGGGGGCACAGAGCAGGUCAACCAGGAGCACGAGGUCCGACAGAUCGAAGCAGCAACCAGGCAGCAGACCAGACCAGGAACUACCAUCAGAGCAGAAGACCUCUUUAAAGCCUCACCUGACACAGACCCACCAAUCAGGAGCCUGCUGACGAAGGGCGUGGCUGGCAUUGGGAAGACCCUCCUGACACAGAAGCUGACUCUGGACUGGGCUGAAGACAAAGCCCACCACAACUUCCAGCUGGUGUUUCCUUUCACCUUCAGAGAGCUGAACCUGCUGAAAGAGAAGCAGUUGAGUUUGGUGGAACUUGUUCAUCUCUUCUUUCCUGAAACCAAAGACUCAGGACUCAGCAGCUUUGAAGGAGUCCAGGUUCUGUUCAUCUUGGACGGUCUGGACGAGUGUCGACUCCCUCUGGACUUCAACAGUCGGGUCCUGACAGCAGCUACAGAGUCCACCUCAGUAGACGUCCUGCUGACCAACCUCAUCAGGGGGAAGCUGCUUCCCUCAGCUCAGCUCUGGAUCACCACACGACCUGCAGCAGCCAAUCAGAUCCCUCCUGAGUGUGUGGACAUGGUGACCGAGGUCAGAGGGUUCACUGACCUCCAGAAGGAGGAGUACUUCAGGAAGAGGUUCAGAGAUGAGGAGCAGACCACCGUCAUGUCUCACAUCCGGAGCUCACGAAGCCUCUACAUCAUGUGUCACAUCCCCAUCUUCUGCUGGAUCACUGCCACAGUUCUGGAGGACAUGUUGAAGAGCAGAGAGACCGGAGAGCUGCCCAAGACCCUGACUGAGAUGUACAUCCACUUCCUGGUGGUUCAGGCCAAAGUCAAGAAGCUCAAGUACCAUGGAGGAGCUGGGACCGACCCAGUUUGGGAUCCUGAGAGCAGGAAGAUGAUGGAGUCACUGGGAAAACUGGCUUUUGAGCAGCUGCAGAGAGGAAACUUGAUCUUCUAUGAGUCAGACCUCACAGAGUGUGGCAUCGACAUCACAGCUGCUGCACUUUACUCAGGAGUCUUCACACAGAUCUUCAGAGAGGAGAGAGGACUGUACCAGGAGAAGGUCUUCUGCUUCAUCCACCUGAGUCUCCAGGAGUUUCUGGCUGCUCUUCACGUCCACCUGAAGUUCUUCAACUCGGGAGUCAACCUGCUCGACUCGCAGCAAACAUCCAAACUGGCAAAAAUCUUCAGACGUCACAUCAAACAGUUCUACCAGUCAGCAACAAGUGUUGCUUUAGAAAGUCCAAAUGGACAUCUGGACCUGUUGCUGCGCUUCCUUCUGGGUCUUUCUCUGCAGACCAGCCAGAGGCUCCUUCCAGGUUUGUUGACACAGACAGGAAGUAGAUCCUGGACCCAUCGGAACACAGCAGAGCUCAUCAAGGAGAAGAUAAGUGAGAAAGUGUCUCCAGAGAGAAUCAUCAAUCUGUUCCACUGUCUGAGUGAAGUGAAGGACACUUCUCUAGUGGAGCAGGUCCAGCAGCAGAUGAGAUCAGGAGCUCUCUCCACAGAUCAACUGUCUCCUGCUCAGUGCUCCACCCUGGCCUUCAUCUUACUGUCCUCAGAGGAAGAUCUGGACGUGUUUGACCUGAGGAAAUACUCUGCUUCAGAGGAGGCUCUUGAGAGGCUGCUGCCAGUGGUCCAGGCUUCAAAGAAAGUCCAACUGAGCAGCUGUGGACUGUCAGAGAGAAGUGGUUCCCUUCUGUCCUCAGUCCUCAGCUCUCCGUCCUCUAGUCUGACACAACUGGACCUGAGCUGGAGCAACCUGAAGGAUGCAGGAGUGGAGCUGCUGUCUGCUGGACUGAAGAGUCCACACUGUCACCUGGAGACUCUCAGGUCAGACAUGUUGAUCAAUAUUUAUUGAUCUGGAAACACGUUGAGAGACACUUUAGUGAUUCUUCUGAUGUGACAGUUCCAUUUCUCUUUCUUCUCGGAGCUCUUUUCUCUGUUGUGUCCACUGAGUUUGACUUUGUAACGUUUUGUCAUCAUCAUCGCCAUGUUUCUUUUCUCUAGUUCAGGGGUGGCCAACCAGUCAGAGGCUAAGAGCCACAUUGUUUUACUGUGUUGCUGAAAAGAGCCACAUCCUACAAAUGUGUCAGGCUGUAAGGCUCACCUCACACAGCUGGUCACGUGACCUCGCGGCAGUAUAGUGGUUAAAGCUCAUCCCUGUGUGUCACAAGGUUGCUGCUUCGCUUCCAUAUGUCUCUUGUGCAUGUAUUUUUAAAGUUCAUACAUUUUAAAAUCGGAACAUCAAGUGGCAUCGAUAGAAAUGUGUGCUAUCGUCUAUAUUUUUUUAUAUAUAUAUAUUUUUUUUACGUGCCACCAAUAACAUCAGUCCAGUCUGUGAGCGACGCUGCAGACUGGACUGUCUCAUCUUCACUCCACUGAAUGAAACAGACUCCACGCUGAUCAACAAUGAAUAAUAGGUGAAACACAUGCCAUACGUUUAGUUUAGGGAAUGGCAAAGUGAAACGUGGAACUAGGUCAUGUUAAAUCGUGUUGAUCGUGGAUCUGAUGACGGUCUUAGGACCGUGGAUCACAUCGGCAUUGAACGUGCUCUGAGCCGGGGGGCGGCGGCUUGGAGCACGUGCUGCCAGGUUUAUUGUUUAUGUUCCAAAGUUAAACUCAUGUCACAGUCUUUGAAAAAUAUUUUGAUAUUUUGUUGGAAUAGCUCUUAUUUUUUCCUCUUAUUUCCUGUAUAAACAAUCAUCUGAAUAGCAACUUGACCAAAAUCACAGCCAGUUCGUACAGCUCAUUCUGUAAAGAGCCGCAUGCGGCUGGGAAGCCUCAGGUGGGCCAGGCCUGCUCUAGCUGCUCUACACCCUCAUGUGCACUUUCAUAUGGGAACAGUUCCAACCAGACAGCCACAAUUUGCUGACAGCAGCAGAAGUGACGUGUCUCUUACUGAGUCCAGUCACUCAGCUGCGCCAGAGCAGCCGUCAUUAACAUAUUCACCCUGAAAACAAUCAAGAUCUAAAACAUGUGCACUCACCGAGGGCUCAGCCUGCGGUCAUCGCUUGAUUGGACGUGGCAAACAAACCCUUUCUCGGCCUGGGUUUUCAGCAGGUGCGGCUGGAGAUUCCGGGGAAAUGCAGGGGCAGAGAACAGCGCAAUAAGUGCUGGAAUUUCACUGAACAUCUGUGGUUUCAUUGGUUGUUUUCGCAAAAAAAUCCAUGUAAGUUUAAGCCACAAUGUUGGAGAAAAAAGUCGUGGUUGGUCCGGAAAUGAUCCAGUGAGGAUCUACGGUGGCCAGGGAGGCUCAUAACACAUGCAAACACUGCAACACGACAUCAUCAAGUCACAAUCUAGUCACAGGACGGGUACAAGUCACCUUCCAUGUGAGGCCAGUUGGAGGCCUUGCUGUCUCCAACUGGUGAUCUGAUUGGCUCUCGCAACUGUCCUUCAACUAUAUGUGCUCGUUCACCCAGAGUGCACGUGCGCCUGCUCUGUUGCUGCUGAAGGCCUUGGACUGAUUUCAUACAGUCUGGCAACACAAACCAGCUCAAUGCUGAUUGGAUAAAAGCUUCAACCUACAAAAACAAGACUGGGACGUGCUGUUUAACAUAUAUAUAGAGAGAGAGUGGAAAAUGCAUUAAAAUGACAAAUAUGCCCUUGAUUUCUGGUUGUGUUUGGCCAGUAGAGAAGGUCAUGAAGGCCCUGACGACCACCACUGUCUGACUGAUCUAAAAGUGCUUCAAAUAUUCCAACCAUAAUGUGAUGAUGAUCUUCUGAAUGGAAAGAGUUCAGUGGCUCCUCACAUCAAGUCUUUCAAGUCUUGUCACAAUAGAGGAUUGAAAAAGUCUCACUUGUUGAUGACACUCGUCUCUUUCACAGACUGAACAGCUGUGGACUGUCAGAGAGAAGUGGUUCCCUUCUGUCCUCAGUCCUCAGCUCUCCGUCCUCUAGUCUGACACAACUGGACCUGAGCUGGAAC